GUGGGUGGGGUCCUGGCGGAGGGCGGGGCCGACCUGGGCUACAGGGCGUGCCAGCCUAGCCCGGCACAGCGGAGGUAGAGGUGGUGGCCCGCGCCUGGGGCUCCGGUUCUGCUUGCGCUCGACCUCGUGGCCAUGGAGGGAUCCCAGGAGCUUCUGAGUGGGAAGCUCCGGCUCUGCUUCAGCCCCGCUGCCCGGACCAGCCUCCUGCUGCUCAGGCUCAACGACGCGGCGAUGCGGGCGCUGCAAGAGUGUCAGCGCCAACAGGUUCGGCCAGUGAUCGCUUUUCAAGGCAAUCGAGGGUAUUUGAGGCUCCCAGGCCCUGGCUGGUCCUGCCUCUUCUCCUUCAUAGUGUCCCAGUGUGGCCAGGAGGGCCCUGGUGGCUUGGACCUUGUGUGCCAACGCCUAGGCAGAUCUGGGCUUAACCGCCUCCACUGCCUGGGCCCACUCAGGGAGCGCCUCACUAUUUGGGCAGCCAUGGAUUCUAUCCCAGCCCCAUCUUCAGUUCAGGGACACAACUUGACUGAAGAUGCCACAGAUCCUGAGAGUUGGCAGAACAUGGGAGACUAUUCUGAAGGAGACACAGAUUCACAGCCAAAAAUGGCACUAGACGAGGUGCCAGAUCCACUGGCAAGCAGCCAAGGACAGUCACUCCCAGGAUCCUCAAGGGAACACAUGGCACAGUGGGAAGUGAGGUACUUGAGGAACCAGACCCAUCUACCAAACAGAGAUCCUCAUCAGGCACUGCCUUCCUCUGCUAGCCAAAAACAUCUGGGCAAGAAGCGUCCAGCACCUGCAGGCAUUACAGAACUAAAAGAAAAGAGGCUCAGAACUCUGCCUCUAGCUCCAAGUCCCCUACAAGCACUGCCCAGUCAGGACCUACAAGAGGGAGAAGCCUGGGAGCAAGAUAAAGAUGAAGACAUGGGCCCCAGGCUGGAGCACAGUCCCUCAGUUCAAGCAGACUCUGAAUCCCCAAGCCCUGAAGAGGUACCAGAUUACCUCCUGCAAUACAGGGCUAUCCACAGUGCAGAGCAGCAACAUGCUUAUGAGCAAGACUUUGAGACAGAUUAUGCUGAAUAUCGCAUCCUGCAUGCCCGUGUUGGGGCUGCAAGCCAAAGGUUCGUAGAGCUGGGAGCAGAGAUCAAGAGAGUUCAGCGAGGAACUCCAGAACACAAGGUGCUGGAAGAAAAGAUAGUCCAGGAAUAUAAAAAGUUCAGGAAGCGGUACCCAGGUUACAGGGAAGAAAAGCGUCGCUGUGAGUACCUGCAUCAGAAAUUGUCCCACAUUAAAGGUCUCAUCCUGGAGUUUGAGGAAAAGAACAGGGGCAGCUGAAGCUGUCAGAGGGCUCUUGACCCCUCUGCCCAGUGAGACAUGAAGGAACAAAGCAGCUAUAAACUAAAUAGAGUGCAACUGUCUGCUCUUCUCAUUGCUGAGUCCAUUGUGGCAAGUAGGAAAGCUGCUCUAGGUUCUUAAGGUUUGAUUUUCAUUGUUGCUAUAUUUUUUUAGGGUUUGGGCACAGUGCCAAGACUUCAGAGCUAUGCCCAGGAGACUAGGAAAAGUAGCACAGAUUUGGCUUCUUCACUUUUAGUUCAGCCAUGUCAUUUUCAAAUCCUGAGAAAUUACACCAUUUCUAGGACAAGAUACCUUGAGGACAUUAGAAUUUAGCAUGGUAGCCUCCCUAAAGAAACAAUAAUGAAAACUUUUGGUAACAUGACUAAAGGAACUUGUAAUACACCUGGAUAUAAUGGGAAAGGGCUUGGGUGUUACCCAUGUACUGAAAGUUAAUCUUUUUAUAAACAUGGCCAAGAAAAUAAAACUGAUUGCCUCUGUG